UCAAAUGAAUGAUGGCGCCACACACUGCCACAGCAGUACAGCACACUAACAGCAACUUGCGAUCGAUCCGAUCAGAAACACAUCGGCCAUCAUGGAUAAGGCGUAUGUCGCCAUCCUCUCCGUCACCUUCCUCUUCUUGCUCCACUACCUCAUGGGCCACGCCGCCGUCGGCGGCAAGCGCAAGCGGCUGCCACCGAGCCCUCUGGCCAUUCCGUUCAUCGGCCACCUCCACCUGGUCAAGACGCCAUUCCACUCGGCGCUGGUCCGCCUGGCGGCGCGCCACGGUCCGGUUUUCUCCAUGCGCAUGGGGCACCGCCGCGCGGUGGUCGUGUCCUCGCCGGAGUGCGCCAAGGCGUGCUUCACGGAGUACGACCAGAGCUUCGCCAACCGCCCGCAUUUCCAGUCGAUGCGGCUCGUGUCCUUCGACGGCGCCAUGCUCUCCGUGUCCAGCUACGGGCCCUACUGGCGCAACCUCCGCCGCGUCGCCGCCGUGCAGCUCCUCUCCGCGCACCGCGUCGCCUGCAUGUCCCCGGUCAUCGCUGCCGAGGUGCGCGCCAUGGUGCGCCGGAUGAACCGCUUAGCCGCGACGUCGCCCGGCGGCGCCGCGCGCGUCCAGCUGAGGCGACGGCUGUUCGAGCUCUCUCUCAGCGUGCUCAUGGAGACCAUCGCGCAGACCAAGACCUCCCGCUCCGAAGCCUACGCCGACACCGACAUAUCACCCGAGGCGAACGAGUUGACGCAGAUUUCCCAAGAGAUCAUGCCGUACCUCGGCACGGCCAACCUGUGGGACUACCUGCCGUUUCUGCGGUGGUUCGACGUGUUCGGCGUGAGGAACAAGCUCAUGGCUGCCGUGAGAUGGAGGGACGCGUUCCUGCGGCGGCUCAUCGACGCAGAGCGGCGGCGGCUCGACGAUGCCGGCGACAGCGAGAAGAAGAGCAUGCUAGCCGUGCUGCUCUCUUUGCAGAAGUCAGAGCCGGAGCUCUACACGGAUACCAUGAUCAUGGCGCUGUGCGGGGACAUGUUUGGCGCCGGAACGGAGACCACAUCGUCCACGACAGAAUGGGCCAUGUCGCUUCUUCUGAACCACCCGGAGGCUCUCAAUAAGGCACGGGCAGAGAUCGACGCGGUCGUGGGCAGCUCCCGCCUGAUCACCCCGGAUGACGUGCCCCGCCUCGGCUACCUGCACUGCGUCAUCAACGAGACCCUGCGCAUGUACCCUGCCGCGCCGCUGCUCCUGCCGCACGAGUCGUCCGCGGACUGCAACGUCGGCGGCUACGACGUGCCCCGCGGCACGCUGCUGAUCGUGAACGCGUACGCGAUCCACAGGGACCCCGCGGUGUGGGAGGACCCGGCCGAGUUCAGGCCGGAGCGCUUCGAGGACGGCAAGGCCGAGGGGCGGCUGCUGAUGCCGUUCGGGAUGGGGCGGCGAAAGUGUCCCGGGGAGACACUCGCGCUGCGGACUGUCGGCCUGGUGCUCGGGACACUGAUCCAGUGCUUCGACUGGGACAGAGUUGACGGUGUCGAAAUCGACAUGACCGAGGCCGGCGGGCUGACCAUGCCCCGGGCCGUCCCGUUGGAGGCCACGUGCAAGCCUCGUGCAGCUGUGAGUGAUGUUCUCAAGCAGCUGUGAUCUACUGUAAUGUUUUGGCAUAUCUUAGGUUCUCACUCUUCUAUAGGUGAAAGUUUCAUCUGUAGUUUGUAGCAGUACGCAUGGCUGAUGAUGAUGAUGUGCGCUGAACUAUAUAAACUCGGGCAUGCGCACGUACGUUAUUACUGUCUGUAAAAUACAGUAUAUAUGGCCGCAUAUAUGUAUGAACUUUUUCACCCUAUCCAUCGAAUAUUUAGACA